CAGAAGUGAGUUUUAUUGUUUUGUAGCUUCAUAUUUACAUAGCUGACUGUAUACCAUUUACGCGGUUUAGUGUCUGUUUUUUUUUCCUUGUGCAAGCAGUUUAGAGGCCGCAAAUAUAACACAAGGCUCCCACAGUAUUUUUUUUCGUUGAUUAUUUUUCAAAUGUAGAUAAAAACCUGCUGGUAAUUCCUUUCUUUUCUGGUUUCAGAGAUUUGCUUUUAUUUGCUCAUUUAUCUCGCAUUUGCUCGAGCCAAGCCAAAUAAUUGUUGAUAAAUAUAUAACCAGUGGUUUAUUUGUUGGCGGCUAGGUUUUUUUCUAUAACAGCACUCGAUUUUCCUUACUUUCCGUUUGUUCUUUCUAACAUCUGAAGUUAUUUUGGACUUAGUCGAUGGUAAAAGUCUUUUUUUUUGUUUUAGCUCCGUUACACUUUGAUCCAGAUUUGCAUGUUGUAAAAAUAUACACCAAAACAGUACUUGAAGUUUCAGUGGAGUUAGUUUUAUACCAUCACUAGUUGCAAAAAGUGGCGCCAAAUGUUUUCAUUGCGUAGCUAGAAAUAAAACAUACAAAAACAUAGAAAAAAAAACAUAGAAGUUUUCAAUAUUUUUGAAGUUAAGCUUUUAAUUGGACUGAUUUAGCCCAAAAUUGGAUUAUAUUCUAUUGUAAUUUACUUGAUCAAUUUAAUUAAUUUGCGGGGUUACUUAUAAUAAUUUUUUAUAUAGUUGUGUUCGGGUUUCGGAAUUUGGUUCAGAUUUGAAACUUAGACGUGUUUUCCCCUCGACUGAACAAACGUCCACUCGAUUUCUGUUUUUCUUCGCGUGUUUAAUUAUAUCGCAGCUCUUAUACCAAUUAAUGCAUACCGAAAGAGAGAAAAAGAAUGCAACAUACCAGAAGUACUAACUCACGUGAACUAAAGUUAAAACGUACUGCAUCUGCAGGUUGUAACUCUCUCUGGACUAACUACUAGUUUUUCGCACCAUUAAAACUUGUUCACAUUUAUUGUAAUGGUCGGUUGACUUACCAUUGUCGUCAAUGUAUAAGUCUGGUACAAAGCUCGCGAAGUAGAUUUUUGUGAGAAACUGUUCGAACUGCAUCAUCAAAGCUGGAACUACCGGCGGCUGUAAAUGUUGGUAUGAAAAUUGAAGAAACGCGCGCUGAAGAAUAAUUUGUAGUUUUGAAAUUAGUCAUCUCUAGUUUCAAUUUUACAUUGUUAAACAGAAAACUGCUCUCGAGUUCUGUAAGAUAAAACAACAACAUUGAAACGGUAUUACUUCGUUUAUAUUCAAUAAAAACAUACCGAGAAGUUUUAUUGCUUGAACCAUUGAAUGGUGUAUAUUACUGACUGCUAAAUCAACGAUUAUAUCUUGAUUUUUAUAACUGUUUAAACCUGGAUAGCGUGUUUUGUUUUUUCAUAUGGCAACCUUACAACGUUUUACCGGAUCCCAUAACCUCUGGAAUACUAUUGCCCCAGAAAUUGAUUUGGACGACCAAAACGACGAAGAUGCCGAAGAGUCUUCGACGAUUGGUCGGAACCCGAAACAGGAUCAAAGGGUCUCCGACACUUCCGAUCUCGGGUCUGAGACACUUGCCAUGAACUACGAGUCAAACAAUCGAAAUACUCUGCUACACCAGGGACCCCGGGAUCGAGUCCCGUCGUCCACUGAAAGUUACGCAACCCUUUCACAGUCGGGUGUUUACAGAAAUGUUGGUAGACCGACAUCCGGUCAACAGUCGAGUCGACCAUCUUACGUUGACGACGAGCAAAAUCAAAACGAAAGAGUAAAUGUAGUUAACAGCAGGAGUAAUUUGUAUCGUAAUCCGGACAAUGCGUCCAGUCAGUAUUCGGUUAGGGAUCGUGAGAAUAGUUUCCUCGCGAAGCACUACACGCCACCAGUGGCGAAGAGCUUCAGCCCAUCUGGUGCUGCUAUGUCCACUUCCAUUUCAGAUUUCCCACCCGACCCCUUUCAGACUCUCAGGCGCCCAAACGAGAGAUUGGCUGACCAAGGGAUGUCCAGUGGUCUUCCUCCCCAGAAGAAGCAGGUGGACCCCAGUCCCAACAGUCUCCUCAGAGACAGACAGUUCCAACAAGUGUUCACUGUCAAAAUCAGAAAGAGAAACAACUCAUUUGGGUUCCACGUGGUGGGGGGAAUUGACAAUCCGAAACCCUCCAAUGGAGACCCCAGCAUAGUGGUAUCUGACGUCAUACCGAGAGGAGCUGCUGUCGGCGUAUUACGUGUGCAUGAUGUAGUGCUGCGAGUGAAUGACUCAUCGAUGCGGAGAGUGACUCAGGCAGAUUAUCACAACUAUCUCUCUUUCGUCAUGGAUGAGGCCGUUUUCGAAAUCGGACGUCCUGCACCCUCCACUGCGACAUUGGAUAACCGAAUGGGGGGCAAUGUGAAUCUCUCGACAGUAGUUGCCCAGCAGACCAACAACUUACCCAGUCAGAUCAAGAGAAUAACCCUGACCAAGUUGCAUCAAGAUGAAGAUUUCGGAGUUCGAGUGGGCGUGAGGUAUUUCAUUCGUUAUAUUCCGAAGAACAGUUCAGCCAGUCGGGGAGGACAGUUGAAACCCAACGACGUCCUACUCAAGGUCAAUGGAAGGAAUGUGAAUGACAUUCCGACGCUGAAGGACGUGCAGACUUUGAUCAACAAUCACAAUGAUGAACUGGAACUGGUGGUUGAGUCAUUCAGUGGUGGUGACGUCACUGGCUUGAACAAUCAAGACGUUAUCGCAGCAUCUAUUCCGUCUCCAACUCUCACUUCUGCCCCCAACUCACUGACGUCUCAGACCGAUUCUGGGAUGGCCUCAAUGACAACAGACGAGCGGGACGCCCUGGGACUCCUGUCAACUGCCCCCUCUCGACCCCCUCUUCCCUCGACAUCCUCCUCCAAACCCACUCAACCAUCGAGCCUCAACAUCAGUCUAAACUACUCCACCAUGUCGACUACAACUCCAGAGAGUAUCACGGGAGGCUCAACCGGUGGCGGAGGAGGAGUGAACAUUGCACAACUGAAGACGACAACCGAAGACGAUGGUGGAUUUAGGCACUUCAAUGCUGUCAAGGCGGCUCAAUUGAGAAAUUCAGCCAGGCCAAACGACUGGGAUUGGCGGCCGGGGACGAGAUCGUGCAGGUGGUCGAGCAGAAGACGACUGAUUUGACUCGUGAACAAGUGUUGCGCGCUCUGCAGGCCACCAAGUCCGAGUUCGAUGUCGUUGUCCGCAGAAAUCAAGAGGGGUUCCGACAGUUCAACAAUCGAAACACGACGGGAGACUCGUUCUACAUCCGAGUGCACUUCGUGUACAAUGUGGGGCGGGAGGGGUUCCUCUCGUUCGGUGUAUACGACGUGCUCCAUGUGACCGACACUCUGCCCGGAGGAAGGGGGAACGAGGGCUGCUACCAUGCGAGCAGAGUGAAUGAGUCAUCUCUUAAGGACAUGGAGUCCGGCCUCAUCCCCAAUCAGGCCAGGGCGGCUGAAAUGCGUGUGAAGCAGGAAGAAGGGGGACUGAGAGGACGCAGUUCCAGCAGGGGAAGUUCUCUUGCCAGUCGCAGUUCCAGGAAGUUCCGGUCCCUCAGUCGAGGCCGGGGAAACGGCGAAAUCAGUCCCCAGCUUAAGGCUGAAAUAGCUGCAGCUAGCUCGUCGAAGACUUUGCCGAGGAACUCGAGGGUCGUAUCGUCCCCGCCAGGGUUCGCGACCCUGAAUCGGAAUCCCAGCCAGAUGAUUAGGCGGAAGCCCAGUUUGCUAAAGAGACUGGCGGCCGCUACAAGAGUAGGCUCUGCCUCCAAGUCGACUGAAUAUCGACUCGCUCGUCUUACAGAGGGUCAAUCGACUGCUGCCCUGCCUGUCUAUGAAAGAGUGCGUCUCAAAAGUGCGUCAUUUCUGCGUCCCAUUGUCAUUUUUGGCCCGAUUGCCGACUUAGCCCGAAGCGAACUCAUCAAUGAUUCAUCGCAGAAAUAUCAACUGCCACAGCCUGAUGACUUUGCUGCGAUAAGUUCUAGCAACAGAGGCUCAACAGUUAACCUCGAAUCCAUCAAAAAAGUUAUGGAGCAGAACUGUCAUUGCCUGUUGGACAUUUCUCCGCAGAAUGUUCAGUGGCUGAACAUGGUCGGUCUGUACCCAAUUGUGAUCUUCUUCAAGCCAGACAGUAAAAACCACGUGAAGACUGUCCGGGCCUCCUUCAAAACCUCUAAGGGGGGUCAGAAAUUGAACAAGGAGCUCUAUGCAUUGGCCACUGAGAUCGAAAAACACUACUCACACAUCAUUUCAGAGAAAAUUCAUCUUUCGGCCAACGAUAUUUGGUAUGCGAAACUGACAGACACGAUCAAGAAGCACCAGGCCGCUCAAAUAUGGCAAUCCGAAACUCCUAAUGUGGACCUGGCGGAAAUGUCUGAUAAACCGAUUACAGUGGGCCAAUGGGCGACCACUAAGUCGAAUGCCAGUUUAAAUAACACAGUGGACGGCACUACGUCGGCUAACUUCACAUCGGACAGUGUGCGAGGCAGCACUAUCAGCAGGGGACAGAGAGGGUUGACAAAUGGGUCCCAAAUGGCCACACCAACCAGCACCCUGAACAGAAGUCGCGCUCCAAGCGUGUUGCAACAGCAGAGAUCUAGAUCUGCAUCGGGGGUUCUGGAGGACCAGCAGGGCCCCUAUGAGUCAUUUGACCACAACGCAAACAACAAUUUUGACCGAAAUGACAUUGCCAGCUUGUCGUCUGCGGCCGGGUUUCGUGACUCCAGUAUGAGAUCAAAUGGGAGAAUGACCCCUGUGAACUCUAACAUGAAUGCGGGGUCAUUCGGUGUGAGAAGUCAGACUUACGAUGCGGAUCUGAACAGACAAACGACAGAGAGAGAAUCAAUCACUUCUGGGCAGUCGCGAAAUUCAGCCCGGCCACAGAAUCUGAUGUCGAUGCCACCUAUGAACGACCGCGAUAACAACUCAUUCACAGCACCAGCCGGAGGUUAUGAACAGAGGGUAAACGACACAACAGGGGGAGCAGAGAUGAAUCCGAGAGCAUCUAUGCAAUCCAGACAAUCCUCUCAAUACGAUGUACUGAGACAAUCUAAGAUGGACAUGGAACCCCCAAGACAAUACUCAAGUCAAAAUUACCCCAAUGAGCUGCAAAGGGCGAGAAAUAACAGUAAUGGUGCUAUUAACAACAUUGCAGAUAACAGGUCAAUGCACUCUACGCCUAUGUCAGCACCAACCCACAUUAACUACAGGACAAAUACUGACAACAUCAGGCCCCAAUGGCAGCGACCAGUCAGUCAGCCUGCUAAUCAAAAUAACACCAUCAAUCACAACGAUGUGCAAACCCUUUUCCAAGACCAAGCCAGACAUGACUUAAAAUCAAGACCCGACUGGCAAAGCUUGAGGAAUGCUAGAGGACUGAGUGGUGAAUUCGCCUCAGAUAGUCCAGACGUCCCUCCCCCUCACCCACCUCCCCCCAGUUCUUACACUUUCAACAGUGCGGCGCCACAGCAUAUGAUUGUUCCGUCGAACACUUCUAGCAACCCGCCGUCAUGGCAACGAGGCUCACAGCAAAACAACAACUUCAACUAUCCCAGCCGAUUUGCGAACGACCCACAGUACUAUGAUGAUGAACCACGUGCACCUUUAAUGCAAUCGCGAUUUUCGAACUCUCAGUCCAAUGUCCAGAAAACACCGGUCUCAUCUUCCAAAACGGGUCUCAACUAUUUUGGACAGAUGCGAAGCAACGCCCCUACUAUGAACCUCUAGUUAUAGAAAAACUUCUCUUCAGAAUUUUUAAAACUUCAUUCCAAACUAGUCAGUUACUCUCUAGUCUAAAUUGUCUACCCACUGACAGUAACCUCUUUGUCAGUUGAAGUUAUAGUUCACAUGAAUGCUGAUGGAAAAAGUCUGAGAGCAGAUGUUUCAUACGUGACAAAAACACUAGCUACCAUCAGAAACUGGAUCUCUUUAACUAUUACCCCUCCUCCCACAUAUGGUACCUAGUAACGAAUUGU